AUGGACGCCGAAUGUGCAACCGACAAUGUCUGGGCCAGCCCUGGUCACCGUCGGCCGAAUGAUAACAUUCCCUCCCAAGCUUCACUUCCGCAACACCACUUUGUUGAGCCUGUUGCAGAGUCCACCAAGAAGAUUAUACAAAACGAGGCCGCCGCAGAUGAUGAUCAGCAAGCCGAGAAGAUGUCGAACAUUGGCUCGAAGCUCUGCGAGGCACGCAAGACUAUAGCAGUGAAAGCCUGGCGUGCGCGCUAUGCACUGCUUGUCAUCUUUGGCUAUGCUUGCUGGAUGAUUCUGACUCUCCUCAUGAUCGACGCCGCCGUCGUUGGUGUACGCGGUUUACUUAUGCCAAUACACACAUCGAUGACGUACCGAAUAGGAAGCAUCAGAUCUCAGCAGUCCUUUCUGCUAGACAAAUGCCAGGAUCUCCAGGAAGUUCAUCUCCACAAGCGGCCUUUUGACACGCAUCUCAAAUGUCUCACCCGUGCCGCGAACAUAGCUCAAGAUCAUUACGCUGAUCUGGCGUAUCACUUAUCCCCAGUGGUUGCCGAGUCCACGACCAAGUGGGCACAGUCAGAAUGCGAUAGAAUUAUAUUCUCACCAGUUCCUAUCCCACGUACUGGUUGGCACAUCCUCUGGAAAACUUUCUCUGAUCAUGCGGGAGCGGCUCUCUAUCGCUGCAAAGACAUGGUCGCCGGUUUGGUCAAGGUAAACAGCCGGCGCUCGAAGAGGCCCUUGAGAAGCACGAGGACCGACCUGCGCUCGCUCCCAUUAGGCUAUCACUUAGAUUGCAACGAUGUCGAAUCUCUCUGUCGCCUAUCCUUCCGGUCCCCGACAAGCUUAACGGCACCUGAUACUCUCAUUGAAGAGGUCAAACUGAUGAAGACAAAGCGCGAUAUUCAUCGGAUCAUCGAAGCAUGCCGCCAGGUAAACGCUUUGAUUGCGGCAAUUAGAGUGUUGAUCCCGUGGAUGAACUUUCUUGUGCUUGUGCUCACUGUGAUCGCCUUGGAUACCGUCACGCUCAUAGAAGAUAUCCCGCCUGGGCUUCCUUGGAAAAUAAUCGGAAGCUUCGCUGCUUACCUUCUGUCAGAGGUCGUGUUCACGUGGAUGUAUUUCUGGCAUCUAGGAAUUGCACAUGAACAAUAUCGCUCCAGCACCACCACGACAGCCACCUACGCCAAUUUUGGGGCAAUUUUUGUGUGCUGUGCGGAGCUUGGUACUACAUGGUGGGCACGAUCAAUCUCCUUCCAUCGUCUUCUGUGGGCCUUCCGGGAGGUUCGCACAAUCUAUUUCGAGACGUCGGAAGAAAGCAUUCGAAAGAUCGAAAUGGAUUUCAGCGGCACAUCUAAAUCCAGUAAAGACGGAAGCACUGCUGAAAAAUUGCAUGAGGGAGUACUUCUCGACGAGAACGCUGUGGCUGAGGGAGACCGAGCUGACGACACUUCUGAAACCGCUCCCGAUCGUUUCGCGUCGUCCGUCUUACACAUCUCUCCCAACUCUCCUCUACAUGAGGACGUCAAACGCAUGCGUGAAUAUCUGCAUCAGAAACAAGCCAUGCUGAAGCUGAAGCCCAAGGCACUCCGUCCACACGGGGACACGCUUACGGAAUUCGUUGACAACACCUCUCCAAGCCCAAACAGCGAUUUGGGAUGGACAGUCGUCACCUCUCCGGGAGAUGAGACUAUCAUGCCUCCGAUCAUGGACGAUCAGCAUGACGAUGAUGAGUACAGGGAUGCGGCAACUGAAGCCGUCAGCGUCGACGAAGAGGAGACGGUCAAGGAUUGUGCAGCGAACAGCGGUUAG